AUGACAGAGGCAGAACUCCGAACAGCAACCACAACAGCUGCAGGAGGAGGCGUUGACACAGUUCUAUCAGAAGUCCCUCCCAAGGCCGAGGACCUGAAGGAAUCAAGACGAGAGGGCAAAUCUUACCGCCAUACAUAUGCCGUCCAUACCAAGCUCGCCCCGAGUCCACUCUCGAAGGAGGCGCCCCCAGAGAGCUAUCGUGGAUUUGUCAACCUUGGAAUGCUCUUGCUGUUUGGCAACAAUGUCCGACUCAUUAUCGAGAAUUAUCAGAAAUAUGGCAUCCUUAUCUCUCUCCCCGGAUCCAAGGUCUCGAACGAGGAUUGGAUUCUGACUGGACUCGCUCAUCUGCUCGUGCCGCUUAACGUCAUCCUGUCCUAUCACUUGGAACGUUGGGCCAUGAAACGCGCUAUGGGCCACCGAAAACGACUGGCUGAACUCUCUUCGCUAGCGUCCUCGAAUUCGCACGGGCACACUCACGCUAACGCAGAUAAUGAUGACAAGGACCCGAAACAGGCUAUCAAGGACCUCAACAAGGCCGAGACGAGCAUCAAGAGGACCCAAAAGGUCUUUGGCUGGCUCCAUGCCCUCAAUGUCAUUGCGAUCCUGGCCUGGCCCUCCUACAUGUCGUACUACAGGAUCUUCCACCCCUUCAUGUCGAUUACCUGUCUGAUGAAUGGAGCCAUCCAGUUCCUCAAGAUGACUUCCUACUCCCUCACCAACCAGGAUCUUAGAGCAGGAUUCAUUUAUGACCUGCCGCCCGAAAAGUUCCUGCACACCAAGAGAGUCCACGACGCGGCGUCAAACACAUUUGUCUCACAUCAGGAGGUCUACGAAUACGAGGUCAACUAUCCUAACAACAUCACCUUCAAGAACAUGGCCUACUUUUGGCUCGCUCCUACGCUCUGCUACCAGCCCUCGUACCCCCGGUCGGCUGUCUUCCGAAAGUCGUUUUUCCUCAAGCGUAUCCUCGAGGCGCUGACUUGUUUGGGUAUGAUGUACUUUUUGAUCGAGCAGUACGCAACACCAACCCUCCAGAACUCUGUCCGAGCGGUCGACCAGUUGGCCUUCGGAACUAUGCUGGAGCGGAUACUGAAGCUGAGCACUACCAGCGUCCUUAUUUGGCUGUUGAUGUUCUAUACAUUCUUCCACGCUACCUUUAACGCCCUCGCCGAGAUGUUGUACUUUGGUGAUCGUGGGUUCUAUCUGGCAUGGUGGAAUGCCGGGUCAGUAGGCAGAUACUGGGCCCUCUGGAACCGCCCCGUGUACACAUUCUUCAAGCGCCACAUCUACCUGCCCAUGAUCACAGCUGGAGCAUCCCCCCAUCAGGCCUCAUUUGUGAUCUUCACCUUCUCUGCGAUUAUGCACGAGAUUCUAAUUGGACUUCCGACGCAUCUGAUCUACGGAUAUGCAUUUGCGGGCAUGUUCUUCCAGAUCCCCCUGAUUGCGUUGACACGACCGUUGGAGAAGUGGCGUGGGACUGGGACAGGGUUGGGCAACAUGAUCUUUUGGGUGUCGUUUACGAUUCUGGGCCAGCCAGCUUGUGCGUUACUGUAUUAUUAUCAUUGGACGAAGCGACAUAUCGAUGAUGGGUCUCUCAUCCCUUUUGUGCCUAAUCCUGUGGUGUGA